ACACUAACCUUAGCAGAACCUGAAGCUUGUGAACGAAAUUGCGGUUUGGUAAAGGAAGAUCCUCCAAUUUUGAUGAAAAGUCGGCCGCACGCUCACAGCCAUGGCGUGCGCAGCAUCACAUUUGUGCUUGCAAUAUCGUUCCACGCUGUCAUUGAAGGUCUCGCUUUUGGUGUCCAGGUGUUAUUGCAUGAACGAGACAACGAGCACCCCAAUCUUCUGAAACUUAUUUUUAUGCUGACGGGAUUCGCACUGAUUGGAGGGCUGCGAUUUUUCGAUGAACAUUCACACGAACAUUCUUAUGGAUCUCAUGAAAAAUUGGCUGCCACUUCCGCAUCACCUUAG